AUGCACAUCCUCUUCUUGCUCCUUUUCAACAUUUUCAGCUUUAAUUAGCUUAGAAAUUAGGGCGCUCUGUUUCGCAAAAUGGCCAUAACAAUCAUGAGCGGAAAUCGUAAAAUUUUGAACAAAACCAUGCUAUCUUUUUCACAGCGUCGUUAUCAUGCGUAUUUGAAGAAAAAUCCAUGGCCUGCGGCUAGUACUCCUAAGUCUUCGUCUUCAGCAGCACUACAUUUAUCUGCAGUACUACCUUCUUCACAUCCUUACGCUAGUGCAUACAACAAUUUCCAAAGCAGCAUAAAAAUGGGUGCAGUGGUAGGCUCUCUUUGUGGCGAUGGAGGAACGCAGCAAACCAGGCCAAUGUCUACGGGUCCGCCACCGAGACCUGCAAAUUUUCAAGAAACUAAAUGUUGUGAUCCUGAAUGGCAAGGCUUAUUGGAGAAAGAGGACCAUGUUCUGUUGGACGUGCGCACAGUGGAGGAGUUCAAGGAAAAACAAAUUCCCGGCUCAAUUAAUAUCCAGAUAAAAGUGACGGAUGAUCCAGUUGUGAAGUACUUUUGCUUAUAGGCGUUUAUUUUUCAUGUUGAUGCGUGUUUAUUCUUUUAUCGUUGUCCGUCAUAGUUGAAAAUUAUUCUUGGAUAAUCGUAUAAUUUCAGUCCUGAUCUUCAUGCUAUUCCUAUUUUCAUCACAAACGAACCCUUGACCGAUAGUCUACCUAUUCAGGCUUCAAGAAAGUGCCAGCAAGCUGCCAGUUGCUAAAGAUACGCCAAUGCUUGUCUACUGCGCCGUCGGUGGCCGCAGCAACAUCGCAGCGGGUGGGCUGAGGGCUCUUGGCUAUUCGAACGUGAAAAAUGCAGGUGGAAUCGAUGAAGUCAAGGAAGCGGUCACUUACGGACGAGAAGGUACGAAGUUGUGAUUGUGAAAGACGAGUAAUGCUUGCCACAUCCUCCCCUCAGACAAGAAUGAUGUACUAUAUCCCCACGACAGUACACCCAUUUAUUUCCUGUUGAACACCACGGAUGUUGCCGAAUAAAGUAUUUUCAUUUCUCCAUUACCCGAUCAAAUCCCACGUUUUCCCUCAGUUGUACAUCAAUGCAGCAUGGAUCUCUUCCUCCUGCUUGUCCU